GGAGAGAGAGAGGAAUAGGCAGCACCAGUGAAAGGAGUCAGAGAAUUUUAUAAACAGCACCCAGCACAGACAAAGGAAAACAUGGAUACACGGGGGAAAAUUCCCUUUAAACAGGCUCCAGAGAGGAUGCGCUGGUCGUCCUGCACAUAGUCGGAGUGAUGCGCGGACUAUUGCCUCGUUUUUAAUGAGGCGGGUGGGAACGCACAGCGAGCUGCAAAGGCGGAAAGAUUUCCUCCAACCCGUCUUGCAAAUUCUGCCUGCGAUGGCUGUGACUGCGCGCUGCUGUUACAGUGUAAAUGAGAAUGUGCCUUUCUCUUUGUAUCUGGUGAUUUUCGUACUCAGUGGCCUUACAAAUGCACAAAUCCGAUACUCCAUUCCGGAGGAGCUGGAGAACGGGGCACUGGUCGGUGACAUUGUCCGAGAUUUGGGUCUGGACCUGAGGAAACUUUCCACGCGACGCAUCAGGAUCACGUCGGACAGCGGGAGGAGGUAUUUCACCAUCAACCACAAAACCGGCAAGCUGGUGGUGAGUGACCGCAUCGACCGAGAGACGGUGUGUGAAUUCAGUGGCACCUGUUCGCGCAACCUGGAGGUGGUGUUGGAGAACCCGCUGGAGGUGCACAACGUGGAGGUGGAGAUCUUGGACGUGAACGACAACGCGCCACAAUUCCCUCGAGAUGAAUAUCAGCUCGAGGUGGCCGAGUCCGCCCUCACAGGGUCGCGCUUCCACAUCGAGGGAGCUCAGGACGUAGACGAUGGAUCCAACUCUGUGAAGCAGUACCGCCUCAGCCAGAACGACCACCUCACUCUGGACUCCAUUAAGCCCUUUUCCAAUAACAAGCACAUCGAGUUCAUUCUCAAAAAGCCCUUUGACCGCGAGCAGAUGCCCUCUCAUCAGCUAAUCCUGACAGCAAUAGAUGGAGGCACCCCACAGCGAACUGGCACGGCCAAAAUCAAUGUGCGCAUCCUUGAUGCCAACGACAAUGUACCUGCGUUUGACAGCUCCGUGUACAAAGUCAAACUGUCCGAGAAUUCCCCAAAGGGCGCACUUGUGAUCAAGUUGAAUGCAACAGACCCAGAUGAGGGCUCAAAUGGGGAGGUCUUUUACUCCUUCAGCAGUUACACACCAGAAAGAGUCAGACAGAUGUUUUCCAUGGACACAGAAACAGGGGAAAUUAGGGUGAAAAACAAUAUAGACUAUGAGGAGACAAACUCGUAUGAAAUGUACAUACAGGCGAUGGACAAGGGGCCAGCUCCUGUGGCAGUUCACUGCAAAGUAGUCGUAGAAGUUUUGGAUGUCAAUGACAACAUUCCUGAGAUUGUACUGUCUUCGCUCUCCAGCCCUGUACGCGAGGAUGCCCGGGCUGACACGGUUGUAGCGUUAAUCAGUGUGAAUGACCGGGACUCUGGACCAAAUAAAAAAGUCACCCUGGAGAUCAUGCCCAAUUUGCCUUUCAGGAUCAAGUCUUUCCGGAACCACUACACCGUCGUCACAUCCGCUUUCCUGGACCGGGAAACCAUCUCAUCCUACAACGUCACCGUCAACGCCGUGGAUGAAGGCACCCCACCCCUGUCAUCUCAAAUGACAUUUAAGGUGGACGUCGCAGACGUGAAUGACAACCCACCUCGUUUUGAACAGACAUCAUACACUGUUUACAUUACCGAGAACAAUGCUCCCGGUGCACCUCUGUGCGUUGUCAAGGCCACAGACGCUGAUGCUAAAGAAAAUGCACGCAUCACCUAUACUGUCCUGAAUGACAACAACCAUGGUAUCCCUGUAGCCAGCUACGUCAGCAUCAAACCUGACAAAGGUGAAGCCUAUGCCCUGCGAGCCUACGACUUUGAGAAGCUCAGAGAGUUUCACUUCCAGAUUAAAGCCCAGGACAACGGCGUGCCUCCCCUCAGCCGUGUGGCCACAGUGUAUGUUUACAUCAUGGAUCAGAAUGACCACGUGCCCAGGAUCGUCUACCCACCGGCCAACGGGAGCCGCACCACAGAGACACUGAUGAAAAACGCUGAAGCAGGAGUGUUGGUUAGCAAGGUGACCGCGUGGGAUGGCGACGCAGGGCAGAAUGCUUGGCUGCUCUACGCCCUGGAGCAGACCAACGCAGACCUUGACCUGUUCAAGGUGCACGAGUACACGGGUGAGAUUCGCACCACAAGGCGCGUUAUCGAGGACAACUCCACCUCCUUCCUUCUGACAGUGCUGGUGCACGAUAGCGGCUUACCGCCACUCUCCUCCACAGCCACCAUCUAUGUGCAUGUGAUGGAGCUGCCACCGAAGUUGACCCCUGACCCCAAGCGCAUCAUCAGGCCCAACAGCCCUCUAAUGUUUUCCAACGUCACCCUCUACCUCAUCAUUGCCCUGAGUGCCACAACCUUUGUGUUCCUGGUCACCAUCUUUGUUCUGGCCAUCGUGCGUUGCCAUGCCUACUGCACCCAGCCUGGUUCCUGCUCCCCAUGUUGUGUAUCAAAGAAGAGUGUUCCAGAUGGGGGCACCUCAGCGGUUGGCGGUGGGGGUGCUGGAAGAGCUGCAGGUGGAGGAGGUGGAGGUGGAGGUGGAGGUGGAGGUGGCGGUGGAGGUGGAGGUGGCGGUGGCGGUGCAGGUGGAGGGCAACUAAACGACAAUGUAGCCCUGCGCCGUGACCUAAAAGUGGAACCGCAUUAUAUUGAAGUGCGGGGAAAUGGGUCUAUGACCAAAACAUACUGUUACAAGACAUGCCUGACCGCCACGUCAGGAAGCGACACUUUUAUGUUCUACAACACAGGGCGGCCGCACAGCGGCACCUGGGGCUCGGGGUACGUCACCAGCCACAGCGGACAGAGCCAGUUAUUUGUACGGCGUCUCAGUAUGCCAGAUGCAACUGCCAUUCAGCCCAAAGUGCCGAGUGCCGACUGGAGAUAUUCAGCCUCCCUGAGAGCAGGCGGUGUAAUGCAGAGCUCGGUGCACAUGGAAGAGUCCUCGGUAAUGCAAGGAGCCCAAGGUGUCCUGGUUCAGAACUGGCCCACUGCAUCCAGCGCCGCUGAUGCUGAAGGGGGAGAGGUGUCCCCCCCAAUGGGUGCUGGCGUAGACAGCAACAGCUGGCACUUUCGCUAUGGCCCCGGCGGACCCGGUGCACCCCCACAGCACCUGAAGCCUGGCGAGGUUCCCCCAGAAGCCUUCAUCAUCCCCGGCUCGCCCGCCAUAAUAUCCAUCAGACAGAACCAGGGAGGAGAGGACGACAAGAGCGAUUUCAUCACCUUCGGAAAGAAAGAGGAGGCCAAGAAGAAGAAGAAGAAGAAGAAGGAGAAGAAAGACAAGAAGGAUAAGGGGAAGGAUGACGGAGAUGAGUAGAGGAGCAGAAAGAGAAAAGAGGAAAAGGGCGUUGUUAAAACAGAGGUACCAACCAAAGUCCACUGGGCAAAAAGAAAAUGUGAAAUUUCCAAUUUCAUUUUAUUAACUAUUUUCAAUGAUAAUAUUUGAAAGAACCUGGCCUUACCAAGAUUUAUUUUACCUUCAGUCCCUUACUGAGGUAACUCUCGCCUUGAUAAACAAUAAAAUGAUUGAUUUUGCUCCAUGCCCCUAUGUGCCUAUACACCCUGAGUCAACUCACGUCAGUCAUCUUUUCCAAUAAGGAAUGACCACUCUUUGCCCUCGUCUUGAAUUUAUUCCUCCUUUAACCCACUGGGCACGUUGGCACCUCUGUCUUACCCCCUCCCCAACUGAUGUGUAAACCAUUCUCUCUGAGAGAAGACAAAUACUUUGUACGAGAACAACAAAAAGCUUCGUGCCAGCUAAGGAAAAGAAGAACGACAAAGAAGAUUGAAACAGAUGCAUGCCAUCUGGAGCUGGACACACACUACUUGUAAAUAGCACAGGAGAGAGUCACUGAAACUAAGGCUUACAUGACACUGCUGCAGAUUCCUCUGAUUAUUACCAACAGUGUUUCCUGAGAUCUCAAUGAAACCACAUGCACACAUACGCAUGCUCACACAUUCAAACAUGCAAAUACACAUACUUAACCAUGACAAAAUAGACAUGGAAAGCACUUGAGACCUAGAGAGAGGGAGAGAAUUAAAAAAAAGGAGAGAAAAACGUCAAAGAAUUGUGCUUAAAACUAGACACUGCAAGCUUUUUUGCCCUGCACAGUCGGCUAUGCGGUGCGCAUGUGUACAUCAACUCUCUCAGGAUGGAAGCAGCAUCCUUUUGCAACCACUCUGUAUUUGCUCACUGCAUUUGGAGGACACCGAGAGCUUCAUCUCCCGCCAGAAGCCCAACUGAGGAAUGCAGAGAGCACCGGAAAGAUGGAGAGAUGGGAGGAUGCCUCACGUUCUCCUGAGGAUCACAGAGGGGAGAGUCCAGCUGAGCUGGCUUGUGACUCCACUUUCAGUCAGUGGACUCUGUACAGAAUAUUAGGAGUCUUGAGGUUUUGAUAACACCGUCUCUUCUCCCCCUACCGCAGCAAAAGCCUAACGCUUUCUGCUUUGAAUGUUUGGUAGCAACCAGUCCUUACCUGAUACCUUGAGUUUACAACUGCUCACUUGCUUGUGCUUGCCCCAAGCUGCCAUGAGCCGUCCUCUCCUCCCCCCAACUGCCUUUUUCCCCCCACGGUCACCCAUCCCACUGACUGCAUUAAUUCUCAAAAGAGAUUCACUCUUACAUACUCCUGCAUUUUUUUCUUUUCUUCCUCAUAGCUUUAACUGCUUUUUGCGUGUCAUCAUGCCCUCAUUUACCCUCAGACACUGCUCCCUAACCCCCCGCUCUGACCCCCCUGCUCAGGGCCGAUCCUGGGAAUGGCCUGCUCUGAACAUUGUGGUGUGCUGAGGAACAGCAUGGAGUAAUGUGGACGAGGCCUGGGGAAGCCCAGUUGGGGGGGUCUAUACUUCCUGAACUCUUGUCAGAUGUCUCUCUAAGUGCACAACGGUUCAGUGCUUUUAACUUGCGAAUACUACAGUACACUGUUCAUUUCCUGUGUGUAGCCGCUGAUGAGAGAGGACCAGGUGGGAUGAGGCAGAUUACAGGGGUGGAGGACCGGGAUGAAGUGAGGAGAAAGGUGCCGUGGGCUGGCCCUCCACCUCCAUGUACAAGAGAAGAAAGUCCAAAUUGAUUGUUUAGGAUCGUUGAGUCGCAUAUUAGCUUUUUAUCUACGCUGUAAAUGUAGCGUAGGCUUUUAAUAGAUUGUCUCUGCAUUAGUAAUUGAAACCUGCUAAAAAAUACGGGCAUCUAGGGAUUCCCAUCCCACAGCUAUAUCCCACCAAUCCUCUCUCAGGAGGUUUUGAAAAAGGGGCACACUCAUGCCUCUGCUUCUGUUGGUUCCCCUCCCCUGCCUGUAACUUGUUGCCACGUCCCCAAAGUUUUUGCGGCUCAGUAUGACGUCACUCCAUUAAGUGGCUGCUGCAUGUACUGCUCUAAGGAAACACAUACUAUAUAGAGAAAUAUAUAUAUAAAUAGAUAGAUGGCUAUGAUUUUAUUCUUUUGUAUUAUAAUUUUUCUUCAUUAUUCGCACAGGAGAUAUUUGUAUGUACUUCUGUCUCUGCCAAACAUCUAUGUACUACAAUUUUCACGCUCCACAGAUGUUGUACGGCAUCCACUAAACCUCUUUAGAUAUUUGUAAAUGCUAUAGUGUGAUACCUUUCAACUUAUUUUUCUUUUACCAGCUAUGAUUUUUGCUUUUGAAAACAAGCAAAGCAAGAAAAAAAAAGAAAAAAAAAAUCACUCUCUGUGUCCAGCUUUGACAUGACGAUCUAACUAACACUGUAAUAUUGUAACUGAAAUAUGUAUGAUCCUAUGAUGAGCUAUCACUUCCCUUUCACUCUUAAAAAAAAAAGAAAAUGACUAAAAAAAAGAUUCCAAUGUAUAAAAAGGUAUAUGUAGUGUAUGCUUGUGUUUAGUGAGCGUUCAUGCUGUCAUUCUUU